AUGAAGACGGAGACAGAUAUAUACCCAGUUCUGAUAUUCCACAGAGAGCAGUACAUUUUCAACGUUUUUGAAGUCAUCGUGAGCACGUUAGAGACGAAACUACAAAGAAUAGAGAACUUGGACAAGGCCGUCGAACAUUUAAUGAGGAGAGUGGAAGCGCUCGACUCAAGAGUAAAUGACAACAUACACAAAACUGAUGCUAUCAUAUCAAAACUGGGAAACCUCGACCUAAAACUGUUCAGUCACAUAGGCCAGAAUGACGAGGAAAGCGUUACCGAACACAGUGCUAAAAAACAGAACGAAAAUAAAAACAAGAUAAGUGACGCACAGUUGCUUGACCGAAAACUGGAAUCUUUAGAUCAAAAAGUCUCGAACAUCGACACGAAACUGGUAGGCCUUAAAAAUCAGAUCGACAGUAACUUUUUGCCAGUCGAUGACAUCAAUGCCGAGGCUAGUGAAAAGAAACCUAUCAAUUUGAACGUAAUAGAAAUUGCAAAAGGUUUGAACACCGAGGUUAUCAAUGAAAUCACUAAAGAAGUAGAUCAACUGAGAAGCUCUGUAUCGACAGUCGAUCGAAAACUCCAGUUCCAUAUUAACCUCGUCUCAGAGAACUUAGGCAAAGUACUUUACAUGAUGGCUGAUGUACACGCGGCUAUAGUCGAGCCUGAAGAUGCUUCAAUCAAUGUCAACAGUUUGUUCAAAAACCGUACAGCUACAAGUACACAGGCCCCAAUAACGAAAAGUAGUAAAAUAGAUACACUUGUAAAUAAAAUAAUCCCCAUGAUGAGCGUCUCAGAGAAGAUGGAUGAAGUUUGGGACGUAGUAGUCGGUACGAAGAGUUCCGUGGAUGAUUUAGUUCCCAAGUCAGAUGAACUACUUACACAGACGCAGCGUCAGGAGCGCGCUAUAGGACAAAUCCACAAUGACCUACGUUUAAAAACAAACCUUAUCAUAGAAAAUUUGGACAUGGUAGAAAAGCGGCUGAAGAAACAGGAGGAUGACGUCGCAACGCUGGCUCAGCGGCCGGUACCCGCUGAACUUCUACUGGACCCAACCAUCGACCGAUUGGUAGAGUACGCCCCUAACCGCUACAGAGUCGACGAACCAUACACCGACCCUAGUACAAGCACCGCGUCAGCAACCACGACGCUGCCCUCGUCUACACUAAACAACAGCCCGAGCACGAGCACGAGCACCUCCAGCACUUCGAGCACGUGGAGCUCGACCGGCGGCGCCGGCGCCACGGUGACUGUGACACCGGCCAGCACGGCCAGCACGGGCAGCACCAGCCCGCGGCCCGCUAGCCGCAAGGGCGGGAUCAUCUUCCCUAGCGUCAAGAACAAACCCAUCAUCGGCAAUAAUACUUUCGCUUCGGAAAUCGUCGCCAACUAUAAAGACGUGAAAGGGUACUCGUGCGUGGACCUGAUGAACGGCGGCAUGCGUGAGUCUGGAGUAUACUACCUGCAGAUUAGAGGCACUACCUACUGGUUCCUGAAGGUCUACUGUGAGCAGAACGUUGCUGACGGAGGCUGGACGGUGAUACACCGACGUGACGACUACGGCGUCCCCGCGGAGAACUUCAACCGAGAUUGGAAUGAUUACAAGAACGGGUUCGGUGACCCUAGCAAAGAAUUUUGGUUGGGUAACGAAAACAUCUACAUGUUGACUAACAACGACGACUACAUGCUUAGAGUAGAACUUGAAGACUUCGACGGCAAUAAGAGGUACGCACAGUAUUCGCACUUCAAGAUAUACUCUGAAGCGGAAUACUAUAAGCUAGAGAUAGAUGGUUAUGAGGGCAAUGCUGGUGACUCCCUCAACGACCCCUGGUAUGGCUCGAACAACAGCCCCUUCUCUACUUACAACAGGGACAACGACAGAUCGUCGCUGAAUUGUGCGUCUAUGCUCAAGGGAGGGUGGUGGUGGAAAUCAUGCGGCCGAGGUCUGAACGGCCUCUAUUUGCACGACCCACAGGACCUCACUGCUAGACAAGGCAUCGUGUGGUUCCGCUGGCGAGGCUGGGACUACACACUGAAGCGUGCUUCCAUGAUGAUAAAACCUAAAGGCUUGCUGCCCAACACGUGAAGCGCGUCCCAGUGACGACGCCACACUACAAAACUUAUCCAGCCUCUGUUCACUCAUUACCUGGAUUCGACUUACAAACUAUAACGAUAACUCCUAAAGCAUCGCCCAGGAAUACGUUUUAGUCGAAAUUGAACUGAAGCAACUAAUCUGUGAUACUGUCCAACGAUAAUUAUUCGACUCAAAUCCAACGGUCGUACAAAUAUAUGUAAUUAGUCAAGUCGACAGGAUUGCUUUCCGAAUCCAUGUAAUGACAUCGAACAUAGCAGGCAGCUAAGCUCAAUAUUGUACCUAUCUCUGUAAAUAACUACUCGUAAAUCAUCGUCAUGCCAAUGUCACCGCAUCUUCGCCAUUUUACCGGUAGAAUGUACCCCGAUGUAAAUAACAGAUGCUAGCCUACGUUUGAAGUGCCACAUCACACCCCAAAUUCAUUAAUUUAUUACUCAUGUAAACUUGAUACAUAAAAAUCUUUCGUUAAUUAGGUUUAUAAUGUAGAUAUAAGUAAAUUUUGUAAUAAGGUGUAAAUAAUUAUUACUAUUACGCAGCGGUCUGUAAGAAGCAAACAAAAUGACAACAAUACUUAUGUGUAACAUAAUAAUAUUACAGCUCGGAGUUAGCGAGAAUAAAUUGAUUUUGUCUUUAAAUGUAUUAAAUAAAUGCACUUUUGAAAUAUAACAUUAUUAUAGUAUGCUUUAUUUUAUUAUUUUAACAACAUUGUUAUAAAUGUAUACUACUAGCACAUUGCUGUAAUUAACCAGUAGCACAUACCAUGUACCUGAUAUCUACCUACGUAGCAACAAUUUGGAGUAAACAGUACACUAUUUAUAAUAUUAUGUAUUUAUGAAGACAAAUUACAUGAAUGUUAGAUACUAAACAUCAAAUAACUUGCACAACUAUGUAAAGAUAUUAUACUCUACGACUCUGUAGCUUGUUACUAACAAAUGCCCACUACAUAGAUUAAGAUACUAUCAAGCAAUGCUCAGUGACAAUCCUACCUACUUAUGCCUACGAUUCUGUAUUGUUCUUGAGUCAUUGCUUGGCGUGAACUGUGCUCAGUUAUAAGUUACAUACACGAAUACUGUUAGUAAAUAAAUGUACGUAUUUUUAAUUAUGCAGUUUUAUUUUAACCAAAUACAUUAAUACCCCAGACUUAUAAUUUGUACCUUGAUAAAUAUAUAGAUACAUUACAAUUUUGUAAAGCUUUUCUUAUAUACAUAGCACGCAAGUUUUAGCCGAAUGCACAUAACAACGACACUAAAUUAUUACUAAGUAACGUUUGUCGAUGUAUUUUUUUUUACCACUUAUUUUCGAAGCACUAAACUAACACUGCCUACUGGCAAGUCUUUAGUCUGUCUCAAAAUCAGGUUCGGGUGGCUUCACGUCCAACAGAGGAUCGAUUUCUUGCGCGAUGUCCGUGUCUAGUUCCAUGUCUUCAGUUUCAAUGUUGUCAGAUAUUAAACCAGUUUGCGAAGUCGAAUCACCCAAAAAGUCUUUACUAUCAUCAGAGUCCAAAACGUGAUUAUUGCGCGUCACCGCAUGCGCGAAAAUGGAUCGGUCUAACACCUCAUGGGAUUCCACCAUCGCUUGUUCCAAAAUCUGCUGUGGUUCUAUAUUAAGUAAUAAAUCUUGGGGCUCUCUAUAUAUGGCGUCUAAAUCUGCAAGGGAGUAAUGUUCGGCGGCGGGCAACACGCGCGAGGGGCUGGACUGCGAGUCACGCCGCGAACUUCGCGCGCGUUCUACCCGCUGUCCAGCCCCAUGCAAAUGUUAUACUUUUUGCUUCUUCGGGCCCUUUUUAUUAGCACGCUCCUUAGCAUUCUCGAGCAGUGGCAGCAGCUUUUUCUCUUCUGCUAAUAUUCUAAGAAGCGUGAUGAUGAAUGGCAAGUAAUUAUGCCUCCUACGAGCCAUUUCCUGUUUAUACUUCAUCAUUUUUACAUCUUCGUACUCAAUCAACAUUCUCAGUCUUGGUAUUUCGUUUUCCAUCUCAUCAGUUUCCAUCCCCAUCAUCUGAGAUUCGGCCAGUAGGUCUUGGAGCUGUCUCUCAUAUAUCAUCUUCCUGUCAGACACAAGAGCCAUGAGGUUGAAGUGAAUCUCGCCCUCAGUGUACC